UGAACUUAAUCACAAUGAUGACUUAAACAUUCAGCAAUGAACACUGAGUUAGGCGCUAGGCGGCCAGUCACCCCCCGCCUUUUAGAACACUGAGUUCAAGUAUGAGAGAUUUCAUCUCUUCUGUUUUAUAUGUGGCAAGCUGGGUCAUACUAACCGGUACUGUUCCAUACAUGUAGAGGGAGGUUGGGAUUGGAAAGAAAAAACAUACGGAACGUGGUUAAAAGCAGGGGGCAGGAAAGAUCAAGAUGGAGAAAGAAGCUCAUGGCUAGUUACUGGAGAGGCGGAUGGUGGGAUUAGAGGGGCUUUUUCAAUAAUACAGUGGGUGCAAGAGGGAGAAAUGAUGAAGACGGCAGUCAGGGGCAGGGGAGAGGUGGAGUGCAAGGAAGGGGUCUGAGCUAUGCUGGUGAAGCGGGUAUAUCCGGGACUAUGGUACAGAGCAGCGGGGGAGAGUUUGAGACACAAGGGCGGCAUGCUGUGGGAAAACGCAGGAGGAUGGAUGUGGAGGGCUCUCUUAAGGCAGUAAGGUCACUUGGGGAAGGCUUGACACAAAAUUCAAAAAACGUGCUAGAGGCGGGUUCUGCCGUGCAGACCCGCCUAGAAUCAUGAGUUGUUUUAGUUGGAACUGUCGGGGGUUUGGCAACCCAUCGACAGCUCAGGUUCUAGUGGAUGUGGUCCACUCUAAGCGGCUUUCUCUUGUCUUCCUCAUGGAGACCUUCUCAAAGACUCCUCAAAUUACGAGUGUUGCACAAAGAAUGCGGUAUAACUGGUUUGUAGUAGAUUGUGUUGGCCACUAGAGUGGGAUUGCUCUCCUGUGGAGAGAUGGAGUGGAGGUGGAGGUUACUGGUUCAUCAAGCAACUACAUUGAUGCAAGUGUCAGGCUGGAAGCAGAGGACUCCCCCUGGAGGUUUACUGGCUUUUAUGGGUUUCCGGACAGAGCUCGGAGGAAGGAGUCCUGGAAUCUACUGUGUCACCUUAGUUCACUAUGUUUACUUCCAUGGCUUAUCAUGGGGGACUUUAACAAUAUCAUGUUCCAUGGCAAAAAGAGAGGCAACAUACCUCAUCCGCGUUGGCCUUACAAGGCUUUCGUGAGGCUGUUUGGGCAAGCAGUUUGCUAAAUUUUUCAUUUGAUGGACACCAAUUCACUUGGGAAGGGGUACUAGUAGAUGGGUUAAAGAGAAUUGGAUCGGAUUUUGGUUUGACCUAGUUGGGAGGAACGAUUUGCGGGAGCAAAGGCAGUCUGGGUUGAAGGGACACCGAGUGAUCAUUUAGGCCUUUACAUAAAGCUGGGUCUGAGAUUGAGAUAUAAUCGAAAUAGAUGAUUUAAAUUUGAAAAUUUAUGGCUACGUAAUACGGGAGGAGGAUUGUAGAGAAGUUGUUGAAAGAAGAUGGGGCAUGGGUAAAGGGAUUGGACUGGCAAAUCAGAUCAAACUAUGUGGUGAGGCUGUAAGUAGGUGGGGGGAAAGAAAAAAGGGAAUGAGAGGGAGGAUUGAGUUCUGUAAAAAAUGGCUGCAGUUUUUUUAGAGGCAGAAUUGGUAGUUUUAGUUUGAGUGAGUUUGGAAAAGUGAAAGGGGAAUAUUUAGAAUUACUUGAAACACAAAAUUGCUUUUGGAGACAGAGGACUAAAGAGUUUUCGCUGAGAGAAGCCGAUAUGAAUACGAGAUUCUUUCAUAACUCUGUGAAACAAAGGAGGCGAAGGUACCAAAUAGAGGGUUUUAAAGUGCCAGGGGGAGAUGGGAGAAGGAGAGGACAGAAGUGGGCAGGAUGGUGGAUGAGUAUUUUUCUAAUAUUUUUGCUUCUUUGUAGGGUAAUAUGGAUCCAGUCCUAUUCAGCGUUGAUCACUUGGUCUCGAAUGAUCAGAAUCAAUACCUUUUGAGGCCUAUUCGAGAAGAAGAUGUUAGAAAAGCAAUUUUUUCAAUGCAUCCUGAUAAGAGUCUGGGCCCCGAUGGUCUUAGUCCGGUUUUUUUCCAACACUUUUGGGAGGUGGUGGGGCCCGAAGUUGUAGAUUUCUACAAGCAAACUUUCCUUACAAGUAAGCUACCUAAAACAGUGAAUCAUACACAUAUAGUCUUCGUCUCUAAAAAGGAUAAGCCUUAGACAGUAGUCGGUUGGAGACCUAUUUCAUUGUGUAACGUUGUUUAUAAAGUUUUCUCCAAAGUUUUGGCUAAUAGAAUGAAACAGAUGCUUGAUGGGCUUAUUUCUCAGAAUCAAAGUGCAUUUGUUCCUGGUCAAUCGAUAGUUGAUAAUAUAAUAUAGCUUUCGAAACCCACCACUUUCUUAAGAAUAAAAGGCAGGGUUGGGACGGGUAUGCGGCACUAAAACUUGAUAUGAGUAAAGCAUAUGACCAAGUAGAAUGGGAAUUUCUAGAAUGCAUGUUGUUAAGACUGGGCUUUGCACCUAAGUGGGUGGAUUUAAUUAUGGAGACGGUACGUACGGUGUCCUACUCUAUUCCCUUUGAUGAUAUCGAGCUAGAGCCAAUUUUUCCAGGUAGAGGGAUUAGGCAAGGUGAUCAGCUCUCGCCUUACUUAUUUAUUAUUGUGGCGGAAGGGUUAAGUGCUAGAUUGAGGAGGGAAGAAAGGAUGGGGAGACUUAAUGGGGUGGCAGUUGCUAGAGGGGUUCCUAGGAUAUCUCAUCUAUUGUUUGCGGAUGAUAGUUUUCUUUUUUUAAAGCAUCUCACGGUGAGGGUUCAAUGAUUAGGGAGGUGUUACAAGAAUAUGAAGAAGCUUCAGGUCAGAUGAUUAAUUAUCAUAAAUCUACCCUUUAUUUCAGUGCAAAUGUUGUUGGGGAUGUUCGGAAGGGCCUUAAGGAAAUGCUAGGAGUAGGGCCCAUGGAGGCCGAGGCAAGAUACCUCGGUCUACCUUCCCUUGUUGGCAGAAGUAGGAGGGAGGUUUUGGGGUUCAUAAAGGAACAAGUUAUUAAGCGAAUAAAUGGGUGGAAUCACAAAUUUCUGUCUAAAGCAGGUAGAGAAGUACUUUUAAAAACCGUUGUCCAAGCCAUGCCUAAUUAUGCAAUGAACGUUUUUCUGUUUCCUCGUGAUAUGUGCAUGGAGUUAGAACGACCCAUGAAUGGAUUUUGGUGGACAGGUGCAUCAGGAAGAGGUACUAGUUGGAAGCACUGGGUUGGGAUGAGUUUUCCGAAGAAAAAGGGGGGAAUGGGAUUUAAAAGGAUGCGGGAAUUUAACUUGGCAAUGCUCGAAAAACAAGCUGGGAGGAUCUUUAAGCAGCCGGAUUCCUUAGUUGCCAGAGUUUUAAAGGCAAGGUAUUAUCCUUGUUCUUCCUUCAUAGAGGCUAAAAUUGGGCACAACCCAUCGUUUGUAUGGAGGAGCAUUUUUGAAACACAUUCUCUUAUAAAACAAGGGUUCAUGUGGAAAAUGGGUAAGGGUAAUUUAAUUAAUGUUUGGCGUGAUCCUUGGUCACCUUGUCCUGAUAACUCGAAAGUGGAGUCUGUUGUAAUUGAGGGGUUGGAAAAUUGUACGGUAGCAGGCUUAUUGCAGGCAGGAGGAGCAGCCCGGGACAUUGAUAUUCUUACUGAUUUGUUCAAUAGCAGGGACCGUAAAUUGAUCCUUAAGAUACCAGUGAGUCUCCGUAGAGUCCAAGGCCAAGUUAUUAGGAGGUGGGAGGAGGACGGGAGAUACUCAGUCAGGAGUAGCUAUCGAUUCUUAACGCAGAAUGUCGAGGAUGAUCCUUUAGCAGAAAAAGAAUUGCUGCAUGGAUUGCAGAAGUAUGAUGAAAUGGAGCUUUGCAGUAGCAGUGGAUCAUGGACUGGAUUGAGAGCUUCUUUACUAAUUUCAGAGAGGAGGAUUGCUGCAGAAAGUAGCUACGCCAACGGAGGGUAUCGUUGCUGGAGUAUUAAGCUAUAUGGAGAGGGUGGCGUAACGCACAAAAACCAGUGAGUAUGCCAAGAACACAAAGGCAGGCCGCUGGGAGAUGGGAGAAGCUGCCUAUGGGAAGAUUAAAAGUGAAUUCAGACGCUGCGGUAAGGGAAGGGUUGCGCUGGUCUGGGUUGGAUUAUUAGGAACAGCGAGGGGUUCUUCAUUGCAGGGGGUGCUAUUAAUCACCCGGGGGAGUAUACUCCACGAGAGGCGGAAGCUCUAUCUACGAGGGAGGCACUUAGUUGGCUUAAAGGUGCGAGUUGGAACUAUAUUGAUAUGGAAUCAGAUCCCCUUCAACUUAUUAAUUCCAUUAAAAAUAAGGAUGAUGAUUCAGCUUAUGGAGUUUUAGUGGACGACAUUAGAGUGCUAUCGGCUAGUUUUACUAGUAUCAAUUUUUCUCAUGUGAGGCGAUCAGUGAACCUAUGGUGAAAGCUGCCGGUUCAAUGUUUCAUUUCCAUGUUUGGCAAUAUUCUCCUCCCCCUCCUUGUAUUGCUACAUCUUUGGACCAUAACCUUAUUAAUACUCCUUCCGUCCCAUAUUUAUCUCCUGAAGUACAAAUGACACACGGAUUAAGAUAUUGAGAAAUGUGUGGUGGAGAGUUGUGCAGAGGAAAGAGAAAUGUGUAAGAAUGGUUGUGAACCACAAAUUCUUUGCCAGGAAAGAGGAGAUAAAUUUGGGAUAGAUCAAAAAGGAAAGUAUGAAGAUAAUUCCGGGACGGAAGGAGUAUUAGUUAAUGCGUUUGCUUUCAAGAAAACUUUAUAUCAGUCUAUCAAAUCAGUUGACCUUUAAUGUCGGCGGGAAGUACAUCAAAUUAUAGCAAUCCACAAUCAGAUUGUGUAUUUGUGUCUUUGUUAUGUACUCCCUCCGUCCCUGAAUUAUCUUCAAACUUCUUUUUUUCGUCCGUCCCAAAAUUAUAUUCUCCUUCCCUUUUUGGCAAAGAAUUUGUGGUUCACAAUCAUUCUUACACAUUUUUACACAUUUCUCUCUCCUCUGCAUAACUCUCCACCACACAAAACACACUAUCUUAAUUAGUGUGCCCAGCCGAAAUGGGAGAAAAAACAGGGACGAAGGGAGUAGCUGGGUUGUGUACCUAGAGUAUGUUCUGAGUAUGCCAAUUAACUUAUACGGAGUACUACGUAUAAUAGCGCAGUUUCCAAAUCCCAACUACAGACCCAUUCGGUGUUGAUGGAACUUGGUUGGAAUUGACAAGCCAAAAGUUCAAGUGGAACUUGGUUUGAAUGCAGAUUUGGAUAUUGUGUUUGUUUUUAUCUUUGAGGAGUGGUUCAUUUUUGAAAUUAUAUGAAAAUUGAUUAAUACUACCUCCGUUUCUAUUUAUUUGACACAGUUUGACUUGUCAAGG